CUACGAGGUGUUUGGAUCUUGAUCGAUCGCACGGGCAGCGCGCUAGUUCUUCCGCGCGAUUCUAGGGAGUGGCCACUGCCAAUGCGCGGGAGGGAGAUCGAGCGGCGGCAACGGCAGCGCAAGAUUUAGGGUUUAUGUGGCUCCAAAUUCCGCGCUUCCCGAUCGAUCCAUGGGCUUCCUCUCCUUCUCCGGCCGCGUUCUCUUCUCCUCGAUUUUCAUCCUAUCGGCCUGGCAAAAGGUGAACGAUUUUGGAGGCGAUGGCGGAGGAGCAGCGCGGCUCCUACAGCCGAAAUUCUUCACUUUGAGCCAUCAUCUCGAGUCUCGACUUGGAUGGAACCUCCUCAGCUUUAACGUAAGAAUUUCCUUCUCUCACAAAAACCACUUUUUUCUUCCAUCUUUGCAGCUGAAGUAUGUGGUUUUCGCGUCCAUCCUACUGCAAGGCCUGGGAGGGAUUCUCUUCACUUUCGGUAGCGUUUUCGGGGCCUACUUACUCCUCCUAGAUUUGUUCAUCGAGACACCGAUAUGGCACGAUUUCUACAACUUUGACGUAGGAACACCAGAGUAUGCGAACGAGUUCUUGCAAUUUCUCAAGAGCCUGUCACUGUGUGGAGCUCUCUUGUACUUCGUGGGAAUGAAGCGAGCGCAUUCGAAGAGAUUUAGAAAAAAGCAGCAGAUCAAAGUGAAGACAACAUGAAACUAAGAAAAUCUACUGCAUACAAAUCGCCUUUUCGAUUAUUCUUUCCAAUUUUUUUUCGUUUGCUCCCUCAAGGAGCAAAGACAGAUCCUCCUCCUGUUCUUUAAAGCUUCAGAAAAGCAUCUUAUUCUCUUCUCUCAAA